AUGAGGCCAUUUUCUGUGGUGGAAAAUCUGGGAUUUCGGCGACCCCUCCACACACUGGAACCGAGGUACACCAUCCCAUCACGCGCGCAUUUUACUCGCACGGUGGUCCCAACCCUCUACAAAGAAGCCAAGGUCAAGGUUGUACAGACUCUGAAAGAGGCAGAAAGCAUUGCCAUUACUACUGAUGGUUGGACUUCUAGGUGUACGCAGGGCUAUAUCACAAUUACAGCCCACAUAAUCAACAGUGACUGGCAAAUGGUAAAUUUUGUACUGCAGACUCGCCCACUUUUUGAUUCCCAUACAGGGGCAAACAUAGCUGAAGUUUUACAAGUAGCUGUCACUGACUGGGAGAUUAAAAAAACAAACCAUGGCAUCGCAAUUGUGACUGACAAUGCGCGUAAUAUGGAAGUGGCUGUGCGCGAGGCAGGAUUGGAGCCGCACAUCAAGUGCUUUGCACACACGAUAAACCUUGCUACCCAGGCUGGCCUCGGUGUUGCACGUGUCACUCGGUUGCUUGGGCGGGUGAGACGAGUAACAGCUUUUUUUCACCGGAGUUCAACGGCUGCCGCGUUAUUCAUGUCCAAGCAGAAGCUGUUACAACUGCCACCACACAAAUUAAUCAUGGACGUUACCACGCAAUGGAAUAGCACUUUAGAUAUGCUGGUUCGUUACCUGGAGCAGCAAGCUGCCAUAUCAGCAACUCUCACCAGCCCUGAGAUGAGACAAAACGCCCGUAACAUUGAUACACUGGACAGCAGCGAUAUCUUGAAUGCCGAAGACCUUGUGAAGCUGCUGAAUCCUUUGAAGACAGCCACCACAGUCUUAUGUGAGGAGAAAAGCCCCACAGUGUCUCUCAUUGUGCCACUGAAGAGCAUGAUUGAACAGAACAUGGCACCAAAUGACGGCGAUUCCCCCACCGUGGCCGACACAAAGAGAGCAAUCCUCAGUAAUAUUUCAGGGAGAUACAGUGGAGAUGCAUACAACCUUCUGUUAGAGAGCACUGCGCUGGACCCAAGAUUCCAGACUCUACCGCAGCUAGACCAUAACCAACGCGAGUCUGUCUUCCUGAGGGUGCAGAAAAAGGCAGAACAAUUGCAGCAAAAUCAGACCACAGGUGAGAAGAGUACAGCGAGGAGAGAAGAGGCAGCAGCUCAUUGUUCCACACAUGGGGAGAGGGAGCAGAAGUUAGAACAACUUGUUCAGUAA